GUUUUCUGAGUCUGAUCGACGCAUCAACCACCUCAUGGCAGCUUUCAACCUCACCCCCUCUGACCCUUCAACAUUCAUCCUAAUGGGCAUCCCUGGCCUGGAAGCUGCUCACAUCUGGAUUUCCAUCCCUUUCUCUAUGUUCUACAUUAUCGGCCUGUUGGGAAAUUUCACUGUUCUGUUUGUUAUAGGCAAAGAGCAGACCCUGCACAAGCCGAUGUACCUGCUGCUCUGCAUGCUGGCACUCACAGAAAUCAGCAUAUCUACCUCCGUCGUGCCAAAGGCACUGUGUAUAUUUUGCUUCAAUUUGAAGGGCAUUACUGUUGGUGGCUGCCUCGCCCAGAUGUUCUUCCUUCACGCGGGCUCUAUGAUGCACUCAGCUGUCCUCGUGACAAUGGCCUUCGAUCGCUAUGUUGCCAUAUGUAACCCUCUGAGAUAUGCCACUAUCCUCACCAAUGCACGAAUAGCUAAGCUAGGGCUCGUGGGUUUGAUAAGAGCUGUUCUCUUCAUUCUGCCCAUGCCCCUGCUCCUGAGCAGGCAGCCAUUCUGUGCCAACCGCAUUAUCCCCCACACGUACUGCGACCACAUGGCUAUAGCAAAGAUGUCAUGUGGGGACAUCACAGUUAAUAGGCUGUAUGGCUUGGUGGUAGCCUUUGUCUUCAUCGGGUCAGACCUAACGCUCAUUGCCCUGUCCUAUGGUCUGAUCAUCAGGGCUGUCUUCAGGAUCUCCUCUAAGAAGGCCCACCAGAAAGCCCUCAAUACCUGCACUGCCCACAUCUGUGUGAUGUUGAUGUCUUAUCCUUUCUUCUUCUUCUCCACUCUGACACAUCGGUUUGGUCAGAGCAUCGCUCCCUACGUUCACAUCAUAUUGGCCAACCUCUAUUGCCUAAUCCCCCCCAUGCUGAACCCUAUCAUUUAUGGGGCCAAAACCAAAGAGCUUUGUGACAAAGUGGGCAAAUACACCUGUAUAAGUUGAUCACCUGGGUCCACUGACUUUAAACCUGUGUGACAAGAGUGGGAAAGGAUAUUUCCUUGUUAAUCAAGGUUGCUUUGUCCCAGUUUGGCUGAGCUCAGCAUUGUGGAAGUUCAGAGUUUCAGAAGUUCCUCACAUCUAAGAUCUUAUUACUCCAUCACCAAGGACUGCUCUCUCCGUUGCUGAGUUCCCUGUCUCUGACCAUCACCUGAUCUCUUUCAGUGUCACCGAUCAUCCCCCACCUCCAC